AUGGGGACGUCGUGGUUGGCGCUGCGGCCUGAGGUGAUGCGAUGUAAAUAUAGGUUUCUUCGCUAUCACCAAGGUCUGAGUGAGCUGUGGGCAGUCUGGUGGUUGGUUGCAGAUGUUGAGUUGAGGUAUGUUGAGAUUCCUCGUGGUGCAAAGCGAAAGUUCUCCAAAGUCCUUCAGUUUCAGAUGCCUCUGAUUCAAGCAACAAGAAUCGUCGUCAAAGCGAGACUGGACCAACGUGAUGAUUAG